AUGAUGUCUUUGCUUGGAAGAACAUAUGUUGUUUCUGGUGGUCUGUCUGGGAUUGGACUCGCCACCACGGUCGGUCUUUUGAAAGCCGGUGCUCAUGUGUGCAUUGCAGAUAUCGCGCCGAACCUACCGAAGGAAUUGCUGGAGCAUCCGCAACAGGCAAAAUUGAGCUAUCAUGGCCCCUGUGACAUUAGAGUCCGGGAAAAGUGCCAAAGCUUUUUCAACACUGUCACUAAAGAACGAGGACGGAUAAAUGGAUUGGUUAACUGUGCUGGAAUAUCUCCAUCAGAGGGAACGAUGGCAUCCGAUCAAAUUUUUGACGAAGUUUUCUCCCUGAAUGUUCGAGGCACAUGGAAUCUGGGCACUGAAGCUAUCCGACACAUGUCAGAACAAACAUUUAACAACUCUAAAUCUGGACGUGGGACAAUUGUCAAUGUAGGAAGCAUUGCUUCUCUUGUUGGUUUACAGUCUCUUCCCGUCUAUUGCAUGAGUAAACAUGCUAUUCUUGGCUUGACCCGAGCUUGGGCAAAAGACUGGGCUAGACAAGGAAUUCGAGUUAAUGCAGUGGCUCCAGGUGUUACGAACACCCCGCUUUACAAGAAAACCAUAGGAGCAGCAGAAAGUCGAUCGAUGGCCGAGGAUUUGGUGGCUGGUAUACCUAUGGGGCGAGUUGCAGAACCGGAAGAAGUUGCUGAAACAAUCAUCUAUCUCCUUAGUGACGAGUCAAGCUAUAUAAGUGGUCAGAUUUUGCCCGUGAAUGGUGGAUCGGUUUGA